AUGAAUCCCGCGCAGCAGCCAACAUUUCAUUCAGGUGGGAACUUUGACUGGGAGGCAUGUGUCAGAGCAGCCGCCAGAAUACUUGAUCCACCUUCAGACAACUCGGCUUCCAAAACCCAGAGAAAGAAGAAGAAAGCGAUCAACCCGAAAACAGUCAGUUCACUGCUGCGCACCCUCCAAGACGAUCAAACGGUGGUAUUCCAACACGACGCAAAUGAACCAUCUCUUCCGAUGAUAAGUGCAUCGACGCCUAAAACACGGGCGAAUGGUGCCGUGUACACACAGCCACAUGCUCGUGACCAUUAUCCUUAUCUGGCACCGUACCAAGUUCCUCAGCAGCCCGCGCAGCAAGAGGUAUCUCAACGUCCUCCUUUGCAAAUGCAGCACACCGGUGACCAGGUUUCGUGGACGAUGAGCACGCACAAUUCGGCGGCAGACACACCUGCUAUCUAUCAAAAUGGACAAGCAAUGCACCGACUAGGCUACACUAGUGAUAUCGUUGCGAAUUACGGCGUUCCGGUUUCUACCUCCAGUGUUAGCAAUUCUGCUGUGGAUUCUCCUGCAAACUGGACACUUAACCAUCGUUCAGCGUCGUACAACGGUGAGUGCAUGGGCCUCGUGUUGGCGCAGAAUCGCGCGUACCAGUCACAAGCCGCUGUUGUACGCCCGCCGCAGACCAUCACACCGUCCAUUCCGGCCCUAAGUCCUUUUGCCGGUUCAACUGAGAGCGGGUCCACUCGAACCGUGUCCAUCACGCUCUCUGAUUGGCCACGUUGUUUCAGCUUCGAAUUUAACUGCGUUUUCUGCCUGGAAACUUUGCCCACACUGCAGCCGGCAAGGAUUUCCGCAGGGGAUUUCCGGCAGCAUCUUAAAACGAGCCGGUAUUGCUACGGCCGAAAUCUGCAGUUUCUGCGUGCAAUGUUCGACAAAGGAGCGGAAGAGACCGACGAGCCACUGGCCAAUGGGCAAGUGAAGCGGCAGUUGGUGUGUCUGCUGUGUAAGGCGGCACGGCAGACCAGCCGGUACAGACUGCCUACAUUGGACGUUGUAGCCCAUCAUAUGCAGCGAUACCAUGCUGUACCAACCGGUCAAAAAUACUCAGUAGUUCGUACGACUGCAGGGCCUUUCAGGGAAGCAGAUAGGUCUUAG